AUGAAGGGAGGAACAGUGCAAAUAAAUUGGCACGACACAAAACCAGUCCUAACCCUAGACUUUCACCCAAUCUCGGGUCUCCUCGCCACUGGCGGCGCCGAUUACGACAUCAAGCUUUGGGUGCUAAAUUCAGGCCAAGCACAGAAGAAAAUUGCAACGGCUACUUAUCAAAAUAGCCUUUCCUAUCAUGGGUCAGCUGUCAAUGUGCUCCGAUUCUCUCCGUCCGGAGACUUACUUGCCUCUGGUGCUGGUGAAGGAGAGCUGAUCAUAUGGAAGUUACAUUCUAUGGAAACCAGUCAAACGUGGAAAGUCCUCAAGAACUUAUCAUUUCACCGCAAGGAUGUUCUGGACUUGCAGUGGUCCACAGACUGUGCAUAUCUGAUCUCUGGAUCAGUCGACAAUUCUUGCAUCAUAUGGGAUGUUAACAAAGGCAAGGAAGACGAAAACAUGACUAAUCUAUUGGAAGGUCAUUUCCAUUAUGUUCAAGGUGUAGCUUGGGAUCCAUUGUCCAAGUAUGCUGCUUCUCUUAGUUCAGAUAGAACUUGCAGAAUUUAUGUCAAUAAGCCUCAGACAAAAACAAAAGGUGCCGAGAAGAUAAAUUAUGUUUCUCAGCAUGUCAUUGCAAAGACGGAACAACUGACGUCUGCAAAAACACAUCUUUUUCAUGAUGAAACAUUACCAUCUUUCUUUCGAAGACUAGCCUGGUCACCUGAUGGAUCCUUUUUACUUGUGCCAGCAGGUUCUUACAAAAUACCUGCAUUACUGCUCCCUGGUGCCAGCAAGCCUGUUGUGGCAGUUCGUUUUUGUCCUGUUGCAUUUAACCUUAGGAGAUUAGGCUCAGUUGGGUUCUUCAAGCUUCCCUAUCGUCUGGUUUUUGCUGUGGCAACUUUAAAUUCAUUAUAUAUCUAUGACACAGAGAGUAUUCCUCCAAUAGCAAUCUUGGCCGGUCUUCACUAUGCAGCCAUAACAGAUAUUGCAUGGUCAUCUAAUGGUCAGUAUUUAGCAGUGUCUUCUCGAGAUGGAUAUUGUACUUUAGUGGAAUUUGAAAUUGACGAACUGGGUUUGCCCAUCUCCUUAGCAGACGAAAAGAAAGACUCAGUUCACGAGAAUAGGAGCCCUGAUGUUCGGGAACCAGAGCGCAUGAUCAUUGAAACAACCACAAAUAAUGGUUGUACAGCAGCAGACAGUGAAAAAAGGGUAGCAACAAAGAAUGAAGGAAAGCAGCCAUCACCAAGCUCAAUUAGUACUCCCAUCCCAAAUAAGCCAGCCAAGAGGCGAAUAACUCCCAUGGCAAUUGAUCCACAAUAA